GUGCUCACACCGAGGAACGCAGGCGCUGUUCUCAAGUUGGCCGACGACUUGGGGGCGCCUCAGGCUCAGUUCCAAGCUGAAGACCGGUAGCUGGUCGCCGGAGGCUUCAAAUGCACAUCCUAGCCAAUCACAGACUCGCACCGGCGCUGUUCUUUCGCAUCGUCCAAUCCAAGGCCGGCUCGGAGGCCCCGCCCCCUUCCUCGUGCCGCGCAGAGACGUAAACCCUGGGGGCGCGCGGUAAGGCUGGCCCGGGCGGUCGCGGGCCCGGUGGUUCGCGCACGCGCUCUGGCUUCAGUGGCCGGCCCCCGCCAUCUCCGGCCGUCCCUCCCGCGAAGGGUCUUGCGCGGCGGUGUUCCGGCUGUGGUGGGCUGGACUGUGUGUACUAAAACAUGAGGUCCCUUUGGACACAGGCGUCUGGAAGAAAGAAGUAUAUGUGACAAUACUUGAAUUGCCAUUUUCCAUCCUAAAAUCAUUCUACUGCUAUUUUUACUGCUUCCAAAUUAACGUUUUUCUCGGCCAAACUUACAUGAGAUGGAAGACUUUCAAGGUAUAGCAGAAGAGUCAUUUCCAAGCUUUUUUACCAAUUCAUUACUUGGUAAUAGUGAGAUUUUGGAAAAUGUCACUCUUUCUUCAAAUCUUGGUGUGCCUGUUGCUGUUUCAACACUUGCUAGGAAUAGAUCCAGUGCAGAUAAUAGGUUUCCUGAUGUCCAGUCAUCGUAUUUCUUAGAAGGGAGGUUUUCUGUUCCAUCUCCAUCAUCUCCCAGUUGCCAAAGUGAUACUGAACCAAGAGAAAGGUUAAAGCUUAGCUUCCAGGAUGAUGAAUUUCCAUCUUUAGGAAAAAGAACGGUAAAGAAAGUCCACAUUUGUCAAAUGUUUUCACAAAACAGUCUACUUUUCAAAGUGAUAAACCAAGAGCAGAAGAGGAGCAAACUAAAAGUACAGCCCCCUUGCAGAGUCAGGAUCUUUUGCAUAGAGUUUCACCACUGGAACAAGUACCAGAUUCACCUCUUGACUUUUGCUUAAAAUCGUGGAUGAAUAAUCAAGAGCACAAGAUUGUUGUGCCUGAUGCUGGAAAAGAAGACAAGACUCUCACUAGUGACUUAAGCCAUGUUAGCUUCUUAGAAAAUGAGAAACUUGUGUCACUGGCCAGUUUGGAAGACUCUUCGGAUGAUGAUAUUAAUGAUGAAGAGUUUUAUGAUGAACAUUUGCAAGCUUACUUUGAACAACUAGCAAUACCAGGAAUAAUAUAUGAAGACCUAGAAGGACAAGAAUCUCCAGAAGAAUAUUUUAAAUUACCCCAAAGUGAUGCUAGUCAGGCAAAUGAAAACAGUAGCUUAAACUCUAAGUCAGAAUGUAACAGUUCUCACCAUGGUUCAGACUCUUCAAGAAAUUCUGAAACAAUUUACAAAGAGUCUGAGGAAGCCCACACUGUUUGUCUACCUGGGACCAGUAAUUCUAUAGGUACUGUUGAUAGUAGAUCGCAGGAAGAUGGUGUAUUGUCAUUUUACCCUAGUAACUGGUGGAUUGAGAAUGAAAGGGCUGGAAGUUUGAAGGGUAUUUUUCCAGAUCAGAGCAGAGAAAGGAUAAGAGAAAACAUUCCGGAGAAGACUCUAACUGCUACCAGUGAGAAACUUAACUCAAUUUAUUUUCAUACUGCAAAUGUUGAACGAAGUGAUUUUGAAUGCACUGAUUCCAUAAAAGAUGGGGAAGAGUCUCAUCAUCAAAGGAGAGAUCUUUCACCGAAUGUGGUCUAUCAAAAUGAAGAGGGCAAAUGGGUCACUGACCUUGCCUAUUAUGCAUCUUUUGAUAACAAACAAGAUUUACACAUGUCUCCAAAUGAUGAAAUAAAUGAAGAUUUCAGGUCUGGAUCUGAAGCAUUGGAUUUGAUUGCAAGAGAUGAAGAAGAGUUUAAUAAAGAGCAUCAGUUUGUACAGGCAGAAAACAUAGAUGUUCAGAACAUUUCAGCUACAUUUGGGGAUUCAUCCUGGGUAGCUACAAUGAAUUAUAAUCUGUUGAAGAAACCACAUAACACAUCAGAAUUUGACAAAGAUGGUGCCAGUUAUGCAUGUCUGUCAUUAGGAGAGUUCUUUGCUGAAAGAUCUGAAGCUCUUGGUUGCCUUGGUGGUGGUAAUAGUGAGAAAAGACCAUCAUUUGGUUAUUUUAUUAGAUCACCAGAGGAUAAAGAACCUGUUGCUUUAAUACAAAAAUCUGAUAUGUCAAGAGAUAAUUGGGAGAAAGAAAUGACUCAUCAUAACCAGGAUCAAUUUUCAGGAGGUGUAAAUGAACCAUCCCAAACACAGCUAAGUGAAGGAUCAGUCACACUACAGGCAGAAACGCUGGAGAGGACUUCACAAGUGGAUGAAAAUGAUGUGACACUAACUGCCAAUGAAGUCAAAACAGAGGAUACUUUCUUGAGUAAUACCAAACACGAGGAUUGCAAUGACUCACUGCAUAAUGCUGGCGAUUCUGUACUUCGGAUCAGCACCAUUGCCUCUGCCAUUGCAGAUGUGUCGGUGAGCGCUGAUCCUGCCCAGCUGGUUGUCAUGAUGAAGGCACUUAGAAACAAAACCAGAGACAAGACUUCUCACCAAGAUAAUUCCCAGAAGGGCCAUUCCACAGUUUCUCAUCCCUUACCUAAUGACCUAGAAAAAAACAAUGGACAUAGUGUAUUUGAUGUGGAGAAAUACCUUAAGAAAACAGAAGUUAGUAGGUGUGAAGGUGGAUUGGAAGAGUCUUCAAGAACUGGCACAUCUGAUAUUUGGAAUUUAUCUUUACCAAAAGAACAAACUAUUCAAGACAUCCAUAUGGUUGAUUCAAGUGCUACUAAUGUAAUUGUAAGGGAACCAAAAGAGAAUAUAACAGCUAUUAUUUAUGAUGAAAAUGGAGAACAGAACAAUCAGGAGCCACUUGGAACAGAAGAGUCUUCAGGUUCAGUUCUUACAGUUACAAGAGAUAAUGAAAGGGCAGUAGUUGAUACAAAGACAUGUUUCAUUGAUAAUAAAUUGCCAGAUAUGCAGAGCAAUGAGAAAGAAACCUCAGUUUCUACCCCAACAUCCAAUAGCUGCUCAUCAUUCAGGAACCCCAGGAUAACAUCCCAUUGCUUCUUAGAAGAGUAUGAAGAAAUACGAGAAAAUGGAGAAAAUCAGAGGCAAAAAGAGUGUGUUAGUGAAGCAAGCAGCAGUGACAAGCAUGUGACUUUUGAAGAACAGUGCGUUAUCCCUUCUGAAAGUGAUGGUGGUUUGAAAAAUCCCUCUCUUGAGCAUGAUGGAUCUUGCUUGGAGGAGGACCCAGAGAGCUCCAGGCCUUCCACGUCACCUAGCCAUUCUCUUAGUGAAAUUUCUGGAACAAGUUUAUCAAGGUGUGCCUUGGAGUGCCUUGCUUCAAUUGUUCGCCAUGAGAAGUUCUCCUCUGAGAGUGAGUUGUCUCGAUUGGCAUGUUCCCAUACUGCUGAUAUGAGCAGACUGACAUAUGUGUCUGAGCAGGAGAGCACCUGUCCAGCCACAACUGCUGACAGUUGCCCAGACGACCACAAGAGUGAUAUCACCAGUGAAUUGAGCAGCACAAUUAUGCAAUCCAGUCUAGCUCUAUCAGAGGAGCAUGCUAUGGGAAAUCAUAGCAAAAAAGUUCAGAUUCAGAGCAGAAGAAAAGGAGUAUCAUCAUGUAUUACUCAAAGCAAGUCUGAUUUGGAAAAAGGGACUGAAGCCAAUUCUUCGAGUAGCAGACCUGAGACUGGAGAACCUGACUUUAUAUCGAAUCAGGAUCCUUCCUCCAAAAGUAGAGAGCCCUUGGGAACCAGUGAGGAAGGUUUGACAUCAAACCCCAGUGAACUGGACCUGAUCAGUCUGGCUCUACUGAGCAAAGCAGGUGUGGGCCUUGAGGCCAGGUCUGCCUCGCCACAUCUCACUGGGUCAAGCCAGAAGACUACAGAUGAAGGGCAGAGGGUAACUUCUAAAGACCUGUCAACUGCCAGCAGUGAGUCCAGUGGCCAGAUUCUUAAUCAGAGCCCUUCGGGAAACCAGCUCAACCCUCCUCUAUGUCUCACGGGUCAUGGCUCUGCUGCUGAGAUGCAAAACAUGCCUGCUGUGCACCCUUCACUCUGGACAGGACAUUCUCUAGGCACAGCUCCCUUGGCCCAGCAGUAUUUGGGGACAUUCCCUUCAACUGGAAAUGUUACCAGGCCUCCGUGCCAUGCGGGCAGCACUUCAGUCUGUGGAUGUUCUUAUCCUUCUCUUGCUGGAGAACAUGUGGCUAUGGGGAUUUGUUUAGGACCAAGUCUUGCUUCUGGAUUGAUGGGUCCUUCUUCCUUUUGUAACCCAUGUUCUAAUGCCUUACAUCAGAAUCUGCUGAGUACAGCAAAACCUUUUCCUGUGCAAUCUGUUGGUGCAAACUGUGGAAUUGAACAGUGGGAUUCAGGAAUGAUGUCAAGAUUUGGGAAUGUCAGAGUGCCCGAGGAAUUGAAAUUUCCUCAUGCUUGCUGUAUUGGUAUUGCUUCGCAGACCCACCUGAGUGUGCUCAAUCCAACUGACCGCUGGCUACAAGUUAGCAUUAAGGUUCUCAGUGUUAGUGUCAAUGGCGAGAAGGUGGAUCUUUCAACAUAUCCUUGUUUAGUUUUCAAGAAUAAAGUCAUCAUAAGACCUCAUGCUACAGAAGACAUAAAAAUACUUUUUAUACCGUCCAAUCCUGGGAUUUUCAGGUGUAUAUUCAGUGUCACAUCUUGGCCAUUUUCAGCAGAUACUGAAACAAUAGUACAAGCAGAAUCUUUGGGAAGCAGAGUCAUCCUCACAGCGAUUGCUGAGGCCCCUGCUAUUGAGGUAGAAACAGAACAGAAAGGUGUUCUAGAUUUUGGUGACUUGACUUACGGAGGCUGGAAGGUUCUCCCACUGAAAGUGAUAAAUAGGACGAAUGCUGUGGUGCCCAUCAGAAUGAUUAUUAAUGCUAAUGCCUUAGCAUGGCGCUGCUUCACAUUUUCCAAAGAACCUCUGCAUGGGUCUCUGAAAGCUGCUCCUUACGCUGAUGUGAUUGCUCAGCUAGCAGCUCCGUCCGUACUGAGUCACACCAUGCCAGCCAGUUUUGAUGGACAGGACCCAGAAUUUCUGAUGAUUUGGGUGCUUUUCCAUAGUCCUUCAAAAUUGGCGACUUCUUCAGAGAUCCUAGAUUCAGCAGAAGAAUUCUUGGCAAGAGUUGAUAUAGAACUUGACAGCCCAAAUCCUACACCGAUUCUCAGGAGUGUGAGUCUCCAAGCAAGAGCAGGUGUAGCUAGGAUUCAUGCUCCCAGGGACUUACAGACUGUGCAUUUGUUGGCCAGUGUGAAUUCCUCAAUAAAGCAGCACUUACCUUUGAAAAAUGCUGGGAAUAUCGAGGUUUAUUUAGAUAUCAAGGUCCAAGAACAAGGAAGUCACUUUUCAGUGGAUCCAGAGAAUCUGUUCCUUAGACCUGGAGAAGAACAUGAAGUGACAGUUUCAUUUACACCAAAGGAUCUCAAGGCCUGUGAGGAAAGGAUCUUGAAAAUAUUUGUGCAGCCAUUUGGACCUCAGUAUGAAGUACUGUUAAAAGGUGAAGUAAUUUCAGGAACUACACCUUUACCUGGACCUUGCCGCUCGGAUAUUCCAACAAUUUUGUCCAACAAACAGUUUCUGACUUGGGGAGGUGUUCCUCUUGGCAGAACACAGCUUCAGAAACUAGCUUUAAGAAGCAAUUGUACAUCUACAACCCAGCACUUACGACUGCUCAUUAGAGGACAAGAUCAGGAUUGCUUUCAGUUUCAGAAUACUUUUGGCUCAGAAGAACGGUUGACCAGUACUUGCGAGAUCAGAAUUCGCCCCAAAGAAGACAUUAUAGUCUCUGUAUUAUUUACACCUACUCGGUUAUCUUGUAUGUUGGCCAAACUAGAAAUCAAACAACUUGGAAAUCGAUCUCAACCAGGCAUUAAGUUCAUGAUACCUUUGUCUGGAUAUGGAGGAACAAGUAAUCUUAUUUUGGAAGGUGUUAAAAAAUUAUCUGACAGUUACAUGGUGACAGUGAAUGACUUAAUUCCUGGCAAAGAAAGUAAAAUUGUUUUCUCUGUCCGAAAUACUGGCUCUCGAGCAGCUUUUGUUAAAGCACUAGGCUUUAAGGAUUCUCAAAAGAAAAUUUUGCUGGAUCCUAAAGUAUUAAGGAUUUUUCCAGAUAAAUUUGUACUCAAGGAAAGAACACGAGAAGAUGUUACUUUAAUAUAUAAUCCAUCUGACAGAAAAAGUGAUAACAAGACUGCAACAGAACUGUCAACUAUAUACUUCUUUGGUGGUGAUGAAAUUUCCAGACAGCAGUAUCGGAGAGCUUUGUUGCAGAAACCUGGUAUUAUAAAGCAGAUACUUCCAGAACAUAGUGUAUUACAAAACAUUAAUUUUGUUGAAGCAUUUCAGGAUGAACUACUAAUAGAUGAAGUGUAUGAUCUUCCCGAACGGCCUAACGAUAUUCAUCUAUUUUAUGGAAAUAUGCGUAAACUUAGCCUUUCCGUAAUUGGAGAAUUCAGAGAUUCUGUUCCUAACAGACAACUUCUUCAGCUUUCUUCCAAAGCUAACUUGGAAUCCAAAAGUGACUUGAGUCCUUCUGGGAAGCACAGUGGCAAUAUCUCUUUGGAUGUUUUACCAGUUAAAGGUCCUCAGGGGUCUCCUUUUCUCUCACAAACUGCCCACUCACCUCAAGAUACAGCAGCCUCUGAAGAGAUGUGGACCAUCCACCCUGAACACUUGAUUCUGGUAGCUCCUUCUUCUUGUGAUAUAGCAAAAACUGGACGUUUCCAGAUUGCUAAUAAUUCUCUCAGGUUGCUGAAAUUUGAACUAUACUGGCCAGCCCAUUGCCUGACAGUCACACCACAACAUGGAUUUAUUGCACCAGAGAGUAAACUACAAAUUCUUGUGAGUCCUAAUUCUUCCUUAUCAACAAAACAGUCUAUGUUCCCAUGGAGUGGUUUGAUCUAUAUUCACUGUGACAAUGGACAAAAGAAAUUCGUGAAAGUUCAAAUUCAAGAAGAUUUGACUGAAGAAGACCUUUUGACUCGUUUGGCUUCUAGCACAUUUGGAAUUCUUACCCCCACAUCUGAACCUCCCAUUAGUCAUAUGACAAAGCCAGCAGUAAAACCACCUUCCACAAAAGUUGAACUAAGAAGCAAGAUGAUUGCUUUUCCUACAACAGAAUCUGGUAAAACUUCAGAGAACUAUCUGGAAUUUGAGAAUCAUGGCCCUGUGGAUGUGAAGUGGCACCUGUCAUCUUUUGCUCCCCCGUAUGUCAAGGGAGUUGAUGAAAGUGGAGAUGUUUUUAGAGCUACGUACACAGCGUUUAGAUGUUCUCCCAUUUCUGGUAUACUGGAAAGCAAUAAAAUCCAAAAGGUCUCCAUCACAUUUUUGCCCAGAGACAGGGGGGAUUAUGCUCAAUUUUGGGAUAUUGAAUGUCACCCUGUUAAAGAGCCUCACAUGAAACAAACUUUAAGAUUCCAGCUCUCAGGAAAAAGCAUCAGAGCAGAAAAUAAGCCUGGAAAAGCUUGUUCUUCCACCGAUGGCCUCACUAAAGUAGAUAAUGUAGCUAUGUCCCGAAAACAUACUUCAUCGGAGGAGUCUGCUCUCCCACUUGGCAGGCAGGCUGAUUUGAAUCAGCGAGGCGUGUAUGCCCCAGAAGAUGUUUAUGUGUUCCUGCCAACCAGAGUUGGGGAGUCACGGACGCUGAAAGUCAAUCUGAGGAAUAGUUCUUUCAUUACACACUCACUGAAGUUUUUUAGUCCCAGAGAGCCUUUCCACAUCAAGCAUUCCAGAUAUUCUUUGCGAGCCCGACAUUACAUCCACAUCCCGGUGCACUUCAGACCGGAGGCCGCAGGCAGGUUUGAAGCACUGCUCAUUAUUCAGACGGAUGACGGCAAAAGCGUUGCUGUUCGGCUCAUCGGUGAAGCCCUUGAAAAAACAUAGAAUACCUUGGUGUAAAGUAAAUUACAUGUUAUAUUUGGGAACUUCGUUUUUCUGCACUACAAUUAUGCUGUUGUAUAUAUGUAUUUGUGUGAUAAAUUUGAUGUGUAUAACUGUAGAUUUUUGUUUAUUUUUUUGAGGAGUGAAUCCUGAAAACCUGACUAAAAUAUCAUGUAUCUAGCACAUAGUAUUGUAUUAACUUUUGCAAGAGAGAAGAGAGGUCUAUUUUUGCACUGAUUAUGAUAUUCUAAAUAAACACAGAAUAUGUUCGAUUGUGGUAUAUCCAGAAAUAAACUUAAUUUUCUGCUUAA